AUGGCCCAGAACGGGCAUUCGAAUGGCUCAACGAGCCAUAGCUCCGGAACUGUAGCCACAGAGCAGACGCCGCUUCUCGCGACCGGUGAUAUCGCUCCAACGGCGGACCCAACAGUAUCCGAAGCAACCACCCUGCAGGGUUCUGGCGCAGGCACCUUCCCAGAGAACGCUGUUGGCGAGCCGGAGGAGGACGAUGGCAAGCCUUUCCCAAAAUGGCAGAUCUUCUGGAUAUGCUUCGCCCGCCUGGUCGAGCCGAUGGCCUUCUUCUCCGUUUUCCCGUACAUCAACCGGAUGGCCCAGGAGAAUGGCAAUCUCGACGACGCCGACCCGGGUUUCUACAGCGGGGCCAUAGAGUCCAUGUUCUCGCUCACCCAGGCGGUCUUCAUGAUUUCCUGGGGCAGAGCCUCAGAUAGGCUUGGGCGAAAGCCCGUGCUCGUCUUCAGCCUUGUCGGUGUCACAAUCGCAACCUCCCUAUUUGGCUUCUCCAAGACGAUAUGGGAGAUGAUCCUGUUCAGGUGUGCGGCUGGUGUCUUUGGGGGCACCAUCGUGACCAUGCGCACGAUGCUGGCCGAGCAUAGCAACUCUCACACCCAGGCCGUCAUCUUCAGCUGGUUCGCCUUCUCGGGGAACCUGGGCAUCUUCUUUGGGCCUCUCCUGGGCGGCGUGCUGGCAGACCCGGCCCACCAGUACCCUGGAGUAUUUGGGCAUGUCAAAUUCCUACUCGACUAUCCCUACGUGCUUUCCAGCCUGGUUGUUGGGCUUCUCGGCCUCAUUUCCGUAUUCACGAGCGCUUUCUUCAUCGAGGAGACGCUCAAGAAGGAACCUGGCUCGGAGGAUGGGACCGUCAAGCCAAGGAAAGAAGGCCAAGGAAUCCUGGACAUCGUCAAAACCCCAGGUGUCGGCAUGGUCCUGUAUGUCUACGGCCAUAUUAUGCUUCUGGCCCUUGCAUAUACAGCUAUCUUACCGGUCUUCUGGUUUACACCGGUCAGGCUGGGUGGAUUCGGUUUCAGCCCGCUCCAGAUAUCACUCAUGUUGGCCGUUAACGGCAUUUCGCAGGCUUUGUGGCUCCUCCUGGUCUUCCCGCCUCUUCAGCACCGCUGGGGCACCAACAAGGUCCUCCGCAGCUGCGCGGCAGUGUACCCCUUCUUCUUCGCCAUCUGCCCCCUCGGAAACGCCCUUCUGAGGGGCGGCCACGACCUGGCAUUCUGGAUAUCGGCCCCGCCCGUCCUCGCGCUUGGCAGCGGGAUUAGCAUGAGCUUCACGGCGAUCCAGCUGGCCCUGAACGAUAUUUCCCCGAGCCCCGCGGUCCUAGGCACGCUCAACGCGCUCGCGCUGACGGGGACCUCGAUCCUGCGGGCCUUCGCGCCGGCUGCGUUCGCGAGUCUCUUCGCUCUGGGGGCCAGGACGCAGUGGUUACAUGGCUACGCCAUUUGGGUCCUGAUGCUGGUCAUCGCGCUGGGAUUCACGGUGGUCGCGAGGUACAUGCCGGAACCGCAAAACAAGCCUGCUCCUAGGGAGGAGGCGCAAGAAGGCGCCUCAGAAGUGACGAAUUGA